AUGCAAGGCCUUCAUCACCUCAAACUUUAAACACAAUCUCACUUCCAAUAUCCAGAUACUCCUUAACACAUUAAAACCAGGUAUAAUUUUCAUUCUAAUAUUAGACCACUACCAAGUCCAUAACCAGAAGAAAUUGAAACAUUUAGUUUGGAUGAUUCUUGGAAUAGUAACAUUUCUCCUACAAAUAAAAAGACAUUUAAAAUUGAUAAACCCAUAUUAGUCAUCGAGUAUUUGGAUUGCAAAUUAAGAGACUAAUUUUGA